GGGCGGUAGUGGUUCACAAGCUCGACUGUAAAAUAAAAUUAUUAAUUUUAGAUUAGAGGAGAAAGAAAAUUAAAUAAAUAUAAAAAGGGCGAGAGAGAAUACAAAAGCGCACACGUACAUACUUGUGCAGUGCGAAAUUAUUAAACAGUAAACAAAAGACAUUAUGAAACAGUUUAACAUAUCGGUUAUCGGCCUGUCUGGAACCGAGAAGGACAGAGGGCAGGUUGGUGUGGGUAAAUCAUGCUUAUGCAACAGAUUCAUAAGGCCUAUGGCUGAUGAUUACUUCAUAGAUCACAUAUCAGUGUUGAGUCAGAGUGACUUCAGCGGUCGGAUUGUAAACAAUGAUCAUUUCCUUUAUUGGGGCGAUGUACGUAAAUGUAUGGACGAUGGCACCGAAUACACAUUUCAUGUAGUUGAACAAACGGAAUUUGUCGACGACUCGACAUUCCAGCCAUUUAAGGUGGGAAAAAUGGAGCCAUACUUAAAACGUUGUACCGCGACAAAAGUCUUCUCAGCCGAAAAACUCAUGUACAUUUGCAAAAACCAAUUGGGCAUAGAGAAAGAAUAUGAGCAGAAAAUUAUGCCUGAGGGUAGAUUAAGUAUUGAUGGUUUUGUUGUGGUGUUCGAUGUAAGUCCAGUGCCAAAUCGUAGCGUAGAGAAGCAGAUUGAUUUUGUACACAAUGCGAUUGCAUUAAUAUUAAAAAAUAAAAAGCCAUUGGUGUUGGUGACUACAAAAAAUGACGACUGCAAUGAACUGUAUAUACGUGAGGCGGAGAAAAUAUGCCAACGUAAGGAAUACAAAGGCAUGGUGCAAUUGGUUGAAACUUCUGCACAUGAGUCAAUUAAUAUUGAUUUGGCAUUCUUGGUGUUAGCACAAAUGAUUGAUAAAGUAAAAAAUCGCAUAAAAAUUAUAGCCUAUCAGGAAGCAGCUAAAUCGCGAAAGGAAUUGUUAGAGAGUCGUUCGGAGGCUGUGACACGUCUCAUACGUAAUCAAAUUACCGAUUAUCAUAUACUUUGGUCUCAGGGCUCAAAACUACUCGCUCAGUUUCGUGAGUGGACAGAAUUUCUUAACACGUUCGGUAUCGAUGCUGGACAGAAAUUGUUCCGUCGCCAUAUGAAAAAAUUACGUGAUGAUCAUUUAAAUAAAAAAUUACAUCAGUAUUUGGAUAAAUUUGCUCAUACGCUCGAAUAUUUAUUACCAGAUAUUAAUGUACUAACAGUAGCUACUGACGAUGACAUCUGGGAAUGUGCCAAAGUUUAUUUACGUAAUCACGUUGAAUUCGAUCAAUACUUUUUUGAAUGUCCACAGGCGUCGUGGCAAGAGUUAGUCGAUAUGGAUGAGAAUGAAGAAGAAGCACGCAUACCAUUCGAUAUCCUGGAGACUAGCGAAUCGGAAACCGUUUUUAGAAACUUUUUAAAUUCAGUUCAGCAGGAUAAAAAGAAAAUCGGUUGGAAGCAACAAUUCAAAAUGUUACUGGAAGAGUCUGGAUUUGUUACACCGGGCAAACAGUUAUCCGAGGUGCGUGUCCUCUUUAUGGGACGUGAAUGCUUUGAGGCUCUAUCGGAGCACGAUUGCCAGCAAAUUUACGAUAUACAUCAAGAAGAAAUAAUUGAGAAAAGUAAACAAAAUUUUGUGGAAUUACUGCUAGAACAUGCACAAUUCUUUUUACAAUUUAAAAAUGUGGAUACCAUAACGCAAGAGGAUGUGCGACAAAUAACCGAAGUCAUACAGGAUGAUUCAAGAUAUAAAAUACUUGACCGGCUGGAUCAGGAACGACGAGUCAUAUUGUUUCAGCAUUUAGGUUUUAUGCAUUGCCCCAUACGAGAACAUUGUCCGUUCUAUCAUAAUUGUAUAGACAAUUUACUUGAUGAGAUUAUGGGCGACAAAUCGUCCGGUAAUUUAAAGUCCAUGAGCAGUUGGAAGCAACAAAGUUCCGAUAAGACUCUAAAUUUGUUGAUUGUGGGCUCGGAACAUUUGGCCAGCGAUUUGCUAAACGAUAUAAGAAUGUGCACGGGCACAAAAGGUGAAUACAUUUAUGAAAAUCAAACUUACUAUCUUAACUAUCGGAUCGCCAAUGGUGACAUGGAAGCUUUCAAAGCUAUUGACGUAUACUCUAGCGGUCUAAUAUGCGUUUAUUCAAAUCAACAAUCUUUUGAAACUCUCAAGGACAAUCUUGAACGUACAUUAUUAUGUAAUCUUGAGCUCGAAGAUAAAUUUGAGAAUCUUCCUAUUGUUUUGGUAUAUCAGCCGCAAGAUUUGAAGGAAAGUGAAAUCGAUUAUUUGCGUAGCGAAGGCUUACGUUUAGCUGAAAUGUUGCAUUGCGAUUUCAUUGAUCAUCAACAAAAUCAUCAAAAAUAUGUCUACGAUAUAUUAAAUAUUGUUAUAAUCUCGCUACGUUUGGCUGAAAUGAAAACCUUCGAAUCAUAUCCACCUAAUCAGACCGAUCUGCGUAUUUUAGUUUGCAUGUUUUGUGGAGAUCAAUAUGAUAUUGAGAAUAUUCUUAACCCGUUAAUGGCGGAAUCGACAUUUUGCAAGGCUGCCGAACAUUCCAUAGUAGUAGAUGUAUUCAUUGGUGAUUCUAAGAAACGCGUAGAGUUUAUAAUAUCAUCCUAUCAUGGAAUUAAUCAAUAUCGCGAUGAUUUGAUACAUGGUUUUAUAUUUUUUUAUUCUGCUAAACGUCGUUCAUCGCUAGCUAAUCUCAACGUUCUGGUUUCACAAAACUCCAACAUUCCACUACAAAUAAUUACCAUAACAGAAAGUGGCGGCGCAAAUGCUUUCUUCAGCAGUGAAAUUUGUCAAUUUUUAAUAACCGAAGGCAAUUCGUUGGCUGAUCGUUUUAAGGCUAGUUUUAUGACGUUCUCGGCAGAUCAAUACGUUAAAUUUGCUUUUUAUAGUCCAUUCCUUAAGAAUUCGUGGGAUAAUAAAUAUGAGGUGGAAAAUCUCCACGUGGAAGAGUCAAUUACUUUGGAUUCGGGUGAAGGUACUUUGGAGAAUUCGGUUAAUCAAUUGCCAAGGCCACCACCACGCCACGAAAGUUAUAUGCUAUCGAGUACUUUAGGUACUGACGGUUCAGGCAGCGAAAACUAUGAAAUGCUUCCUACACGUUCUCUCAAUUCAUUAAAUGAAGAGAGGGAUAUAUCUCUAGAUGAAAUCUAUGAAGAAAACAACGAAAAGCCAAAACUUCACCACCAAAGAUUCCAGAUAUUUCCUCCUCCAACAACUCCUCCAGAGCCAGCCCCACCAGAUCAUCAGCUCAUUACAUGCUCAUACAAGAGCCAAUUCGUCUCAGCUUCCGAAUCGAGUUUGGAAGAAAUAACAUGUAAUUGCUCUCGUUUGGGGGCAAAGGAUUUGUUGGGUACUCAUGAUGUAGAAUGGUUGGAAGAUAAAAAUGACGGACGACGUAAUGUAAAUAAAAAUUCAAUAUGGAAUAAUUUUGGUGGCUCAACACACGCGUACACAACUGGCCGUAGACAUAUAGAUUCUAAUUUGAAUAAAAUUCGUCCAAAAGGUCCCAGUCAGACCCUAAAGCAACCCGGAAAAUUGAAUAUGAAGAAUUUUCAAUUAGUUAGUGAUGCGGUGGCUAAAAUGAAUUUCGGUGAAACGUAUUUGCCUGCGUGCGAAACAACCGAUAAAGACUCUAAGCGUUAUACGCAAUUCGAUCAUACACACUUGGAUGGGGAAGAUGACGAUUCUGAAGAGUUAGCUGAAUACGAACAGAUAUACGAAAAUGAAGACUGUACCGAAUCUGAUAGUUGCGCCAGUUCAACUGAACGCAAAGCACGUCAACAGAAUGCCUAUUAUAAAAUGAAUAAUAAAGCGGGAAAUAAGAAGACUAAGAAGAAGAAAGUAGCCAUACCGGUACAAACGCCACGUGUACCGAUGUUUGGAUCUUAUGUCAGUCCGCCAGAAAUACCCCUGCACUAUCAGAGAAUGACAAAUAUUGAAAAAAAAAAAAUCGGUGAUCCACCUAAUGUUAAUGAUAUUAUGAAAAAUGACAAAUCACCUGAGUAUUCAAUGGUACCGGACGCCCCCGGACUGUUUGCAACCGAAAAUUUAAGCGAAUUCAAUAUGAAUGCAAAAUGCUUAAAAGAAUUCGAAAAGACCGAAAAGCGUCGCCUCAAAGAGGAAUCGGCACGUUUGCGGAAGCUGCAAGAGAAGGAAAAAGAACAAGAAAAGAAACUUAAACGUAAAGUGAAGCAAAAUUCAAAAGGUUUUCCCGAGACAGCGGAAACACAAUUUGGCAAACUAAUGAUAACGGAUGGCGAAGAGAUUCCCAUAUUUUUAAUUAAAUGCAUUGAAUACAUUGAAAAAGAGGGCUUAGACUCAGAGGGCAUCUAUCGGGUACCCGGCAGUCGGGCUCACGUUGAUUUACUUUUUCAAAAAUUCGAAGAAGAUGCUAAUACCGUCAUAGAAUUACUGGAUAUACCGGUUAAUGCGGUGGCGACCGCUUUAAAAGAUUUCUUUUCGAAACGUUUGCCAUCGUUGUUCAGUAAGGAUAUCAUCAAAGAAUUGGAAGAGAUUGCAGGUUCGCGUAAUGUUGGCGUUUCGAAAAUGAACGUUGAAGUGAAAACGGAUCGAAGCUGUCGCCUAAUAGCUUUAAAAACAUUGUUACAAAAAUUACCACCGAUUAAUUUUGCCAUACUUAAAUAUAUAUUUCAGCAUUUUGUACAUGUUUCCGACAAUUCCAAAUUGAAUAGUAUGGAUAGCAAAAAUUUAGCCAUUUGCUGGUGGCCAACAUUAAUUCCUAUCGAUUUUACCGAUAUGGGACAUUUCGAGCAAUUGCGACCAUAUCUGGAGGAUAUCGUGCAAACGAUGAUCGAUCAAUUUCCGUAUCUAUUUUGCGGCAAGGAUGCAUUUGUAAUGGUAUAAAAAUUUGUACAACGCACAAAAUCUCAAUCGAUCAAUAUCUGUAGCUAAACGCGGACUUUCAUAAUUCUGUCUCCUUCUCGCCAUCUCUCAACAAUCUGUCUCCAUCUCUUUAAGAUGUCAGUCUAAAUGUUUAGUUAUUGCCGUUUAUUGUAAGUGUAUGUGUUGUAAUAGCGAUUGCUAAUGCGCGCGUGCGUGAGUGUGUGUGUAUGUAUGUAUGUGCGUGUAUGUGCGUGUGUGUGUGUGUGUGUGUGUGUGUGUG